CUUGGCAGCUACUGAACCGUCUUCUUCGUCGGAAGAAUCUAAAAGCAGUCUGGUCUGACGUCCGAGAAUCUCGACCGCCACAAAAGCUCCAAUCCUCCGCCGAUCAUGGAGUACGAGAACAAACUCGUCCUCGCUCCCAUGGUUCGCGUCGGGACGUUACCGUUUAGAUUAUUAGCGGCUGAUUAUGGCGCAGAUAUUACUUAUGGAGAAGAGAUUAUUGAUCACAAGAUGGUCAAAUGCGAGCGUAAAUUAAAUGAACAUCUUGGGUCCAUUGAUUUUGUAGAAAACGGGUCUGGGAAUGUUGUUUUCAGAACGUGCAAUGAAGAGAGAAAUCGUGUUGUAUUUCAGAUUGGCACUUCUGAUGCUGUAAGGGCUCUUGCAGCUGCUCAGUUAGUGUGUAAAGAUGUUGCAGCAGUAGAUAUUAACAUGGGUUGCCCAAAGUCAUUUUCUGUGAGUGGAGGAAUGGGCGCGGCACUGUUGUCUAAACCAGACCUUAUUCAUGAUAUAUUAACAACAUUGAGGAGAAACUUGAACACCCCAGUAACGUGUAAAAUUCGUCUACUAAAGUCACCUCAGGAUACCGUGGAACUAGCUAGGCGAAUUGAGAAAACUGGUGUUUCUGCGCUUGCCGUCCAUGGAAGGAAAGUUGCAGAUAGGCCGAGAGAUCCAGCUAAAUGGGCGGAGAUUGCUGAUGUUGUAGCAUCAAUAUCCAUUCCAGUUAUAGCAAAUGGCGAUGUCUUUGAGUAUGAUGAUUUUCAGCACAUCAAAGUUGCUACAGGUGCCUCAUCAGUUAUGGUUGCAAGAGGAGCUCUCUGGAAUGCUUCGAUUUUUUCCUCUCAUGGAAAAUUACCAUGGGAAGAUGUUAAAAGAGAAUAUGUUAGGAAGAGCAUUUUAUGGGAUAAUGAUAUUAAAAGCACAAAGCACACUCUGAAGGAAAUGAUAAUGCACUAUUCUUGUCUUGAGCUUCCGGAGGGGAAGGCUGUAAUCAAAUCGGAGUCCUUGGCGGAUCUAGCGCGAUUUUACGGAGAGGAGAAAUACUACGAGUUUGUUACGCAUAACCGAUUCCUGCUCAAUGGAAGAAGAUAAAAUUUGUUUUAUUUUUCUUGAAGAAAGUAGGCCAUCAUCGCUAAUUCCUGAUGAAGGCAACUGAAUUAGUAUGCAGCAUAGGCAAAGUUGUGGAGGGUAUUCUCCGAUGUAGCUUUGUUUGAAGACAUUAAGGAGAAGUUUGGUUCAUAGAUUAAAAUCAUGUGAUUAAAAUUAUUUUUUAUUUACGUAUAUUUUUUGUG